ACGACCAGGACGAGUUGCUCGACGAGUCGAUGCUGCCUUUGCCCGCCGACUCGCUCUUCCCUCCUUCUCAAUCACCGCCCCCUGACCCCAAGCGCCGACCGACGUCUGGCAAGCGCCGCUCGCUCAGCCACAUCCCGAGGCCCCGAACGCGUUCAUGCUCUUCCGGGCCGACUUUGUGCGUCAGAAACAUGUCCCGGGUUCGAUCGAGACGAGCCAUAUCUCGCUCUCGAAGAUCAUCGGUAACAUCUGGCGGGCCCUUCCUUGGGAGGAGCGCGAGCAGUGGGUGCAGCUCGCUAAGAAGGCAAAGGCGGAGCACAAGCUGCUGUACCCGAACUACAAGUUCAGGCCUGUCCACAACAAGGACAAGAAGAAGGCGCGCGAUGCCAAAAAGAAGCCCUUGCCCGCCCCGGUGGCUGACGACGACGAGCGCCGCACGGGCGUAGUCGCCCAGCUGAUGCUUGGCGGGAAGAAGGGCGAGGAGCUUGCGACCGCUGUGCGCGCAUGGGAGUCGAGGAACACGACUGCGUCGCCGGACAUGUCUUUCGGUACUGAGCAGCUUUACCUCGAUCAGUCCGACAUCCCCUUGUACAACCCUGUACCCCUCUACGCUGGCCACCGCCGCUCGUCUUCUGUGCCCCUCCCUGCAUACAACCAGAUCGCCAUCCCGUCUGUACCGUUCCUCGUGAACGCGUUCGCCGGAGGUUCCCGCGCGCCCUCGCCUGUUAACCAUAUCUCGGGCAUCUCCCGUAACUGGCUUGGUCACCGUCGCGCCUCGAGCGUACAACCGAUACCCUCGCAGCCUUGGGCCUUCUCGAGCGCAGUCUUCGACCACCCGCAGCAGCAGCCUCAAUCGUACUCAAUGCACCAAGACUCGGCGUCGUAUCCCGAACCUGACCACUCGCUUUUCCAAAGUGCCUAUUUGACGCAGGGAUCGAGCGUCCUCUCUGGCCAGGCCCCACAGAAGGACUUUUCGAACUACGCGCCCAACCAUAGCCUCCGGCUCGAAGUCUCCCCGCUCGAGGGCAUCCCACCUCUCUCGACCGACUUCUCUCAGCCGACUGGGCCGUACUCUGCGUCGACCGCAGGCGACCCCUACUCCGCGACGACCUACUCCACCGCGCCCUCGCCCGUCUCUGCCUACGCCGCAGGUGAUUACUCUCAACACUCGCACAUGGGAGAGGGCGUCUGCCCGCUUGAUGGCGCUCCCUGGCCGCAGAGUGGCGCGAGCUCGGCGUUCUCAGGCUCUCCAGCGCUCACGGAUCAUUCGCUCGCGGACGCGGGCGUCGUAGCGCCGCAGCCGCUGCACCCGAGCCAACACGUGCAGGUCGAGAUGGAGGAGUGGUCGCAGAUGGAGGCCGCGCAGGAGGCGCAUCUCUUAGCGGAGGGACACCCGCUGCACUCGUUCGAGCAGAUGGUCUCGUCGAUGGAGGUCGGGCAGCAGGCGCACGCCGCUGACGGGUACGACAUGUUCGCCACGGAGGGCUACGCCGACGCGGCGACUGACGCGUUCCCCGCCUUCGACGAGGUGGGCAUGAACAUGAACAUGGGCAUGACUGGAUUCUAGACGGGUCGCUCUCAUCAACCGCACGCACCCACAUACAGCAAGAAGGAACGGAACUCACGAAUCGCGCUCGCAUCCCAAGGACUGGACUCCAAGCUUCGUACAUACACUGCAAGAGCGCACCCCUGCGCGCCGAGUAUACCACUUGUAUCAUAUCACAUAUGCCCUCCCCUCUGCUGUAGCAACUACGUUUCUCCUCUCGGUCUCUGUCUCCGUCUCCGUAUAUUCGUACGCCUGCUGACUACCUAUUACCCCGUCGCGCGUCACGUCGAGUGUAGCCUAACUGAUGCUUACCGCCUGCUGCUCCUCGACAUCUGUCGCUUGUUUCCAUCGUCGUCGCAUUGCUUUUGCAGCAGCUUGCAUCGCAAUCUGUUCUGUUCUGUAUAUACAUUUGGCUGUCCUUCUUGGUUUACACGUAUCCGGUAUUAAUGCAUCUUGAGGUUAUCAUCAUGGGUCCGUGCGUCGUAUCGGAUACUUGACCUCUAUCCCAG